UAGCCUUCGAACUUGCCUCGCCACACUUCCUCUCCCCCGCCUCCCGACCCGGAAGUUAUCCUCGCGACGCUGCUUUCCUUCCCACAAUCCCUCGCGCCCGUCCUUUCCAUCUUGGGCCCGGCAGAAUGGCUCCCGCAAAGAAGGGUGGCGAGAAGAAGAAGGGCCGUUCUGCCAUCAACGAGGUGGUAACCCGAGAGUACACCAUCAACAUUCACAAGCGCAUCCAUGGCGUGGGCUUCAAGAAGCGUGCUCCUAGGGCACUGAAAGAAAUCCGGAAAUUUGCCAUGAAGGAGAUGGGGACUCCAGAUGUACGGAUUGAUACCAGGCUCAAUAAAGCCGUCUGGGCCAAAGGAAUAAGGAAUGUUCCAUACCGUAUCCGGGUACGUUUGUCCAGAAAACGUAAUGAGGAUGAGGACUCGCCAAACAAACUCUACACAUUGGUAACUUAUGUGCCUGUUACCACAUUCAAAAAUCUACAGACAGUCAAUGUGGAUGAGAACUAACCUGCUGAAUCUCAAAUAAAGUUGGAGAGUUGCCUUCA